AUGAAGGCCACGCGGACGGAGGCAUAUGGUAUGGCCAUAGCGGCUACCAUAGUGACUGGGGCUUUAGCCAGCGAUAAGACGAUAUGUUGCCAAGCUCUUGAUGGCAUAGCUCAGCUGGAAGGCACUAUUUACCACCCCAACACGCCUGCGUACGACGAGCGAAUGAAGACAUAUUGGUCUCUCAGCGCGGCACUGAAACCGUGGUGCAUGGUGCUUCCUAGGACGGCUGAGGACGUGUCGGUCAUCAUAACCACCAUUGUUGAUAAUGAAUGCCCUUUCGGCAUUCGCGGGGGUGGUCAUGGAGCCCAUGCACUCUCCAAUUCUCUCCAAGAGGGGAUAACUAUUGACAUGGGCUUCUUCAAUACAACUAGCUAUAACGCUUACACCAAGAUUGCAUCCAUUGGGCCCGGGGCGCAUUGGGGCGAGGUCUACAAUACCCUCACCCCUCACGGUGUCACGGUCACCGGAGGACGAUCCAGUUCCGUGGGUGUCGGUGGUUUCCUUCUAGGAGGUGGGAAUUCGUUCCAUUCUGGUAGUCAUGGCUUCGGCUGUGACCAGGUUCAAAACUACGAGAUCGUCCUGGCUGAUGGUCAAAUCACCAACGCCAACCAGGAGGGAAACCCUGAUCUAUGGAAGGCCCUCAAGGGAGGCUCCGGCAACAUCGGGCUGGUCACACGCUUCGAUCUCUACACCAUCGAAUUCCAAGAUCCUUCAAUCCCCCACAUCUGGGGUGGCAUCGUAGGCUACGACUAUGCCCAGACGGACGCCAUCAUAGACGCCUUUGUCGACUUCACCAACAAAGUCGGUGAUGACAUCUACAGCUCCUCUAUAAUAAUAUGGGCCUACAACUCGUUGGCCGGCAGCUUCUACAUACGCUGUAUGCUCGACAACGUGGCCAACGAGGAGUACGCCCCGGCGUUCAACAAGUACCUAAGCGUUGGGAACCAGACGUCUAGCUCUCUCCGAAGCGCGACUAUGUCCAACAUCACUGACGAACUGGUGCGGGAUUAUAGAACCUACACCAUCUGGUUCACCGGAACUUACGCCAACGAUCCCCGCAUUCUACGAUUCAUAGCGUCCAAACACGAAGAAAUGAUGCUAACCCUCGAUUCCAUCCUGGGUCCUGAUUCAGGCCUCUCUAGCAGCCAACAGUGCCAACCAAUGACCCAGUCCAUGAUAUCUCGGGGGCAAGGAAAUAACGUACUCGGCCUGGAGGAACGUAUUGCCUCUAGUGGAAGACCAGGGUUCAUGUGUCUUAUUUAUGUAGGCGUUGAGAGGGCGGAGCACGAGACCCUAGCAUUUCCAUAUGUAAAAUCAUUUUGGAAGGACGUUGACGAGUACGCGGAUUCUCUUGACGGGAACUGGGGAUGGAGGUACCUGAAUUAUGCUUACAGGACGCAAGAGCCUAUCUCGGGGUAUGGCGCUGAGAAUGUGGACAAGAUCAAGAAGGCAGCGCAAAAGUAUGAUCCGAAGGGCGUCUUCCAGAGGUUGAGGAGUUCGGGGUUCAAAAUCCCCGAGUAA